CGCCUUACAACACCCUGCACGCGCGCUCUCGACGGCUGCCUCCAUGGCCGCCCCUAGUGGAGCGAUGAAUCAUCACACCGCCUAUCUCACGCAAGGCUUCGUCUUCAGCUCCUCCCCAGACGAUUCUCGGUUCUAUCGUGUCGGGCAGCCCAUGCCAGACAACUCGCCUGUGGUUCGCCCUAUCAGUGACGCAUACAGUGUCCGGCAGCCAUCGCUUGGCAGCUCUCCUAGCUCGUUCAGCUUGCAUUCAGUCGGCUUUCAUCGAGCGCACGAUGCUCCUUCUGCACUGAGCUUGGCAAAUACAGUUGGCACCGCUAGUGACGGUACGUCUGGGCAAGGGAGCAGCACCGGAGGGUUGAACGCUAUUUUUGGAUCGUACAAUCCGCCGGAGGGCUUGAUUAGGCCGCUGCGGGAAAAGCUUGGGAGCAAGAACAGAGCACAGAGCCCGACAGGAAGUUCCAGGAGCCGAAGAAGUGAAAAGAGCUUUGCGAGUGGGGGGAGGGAGGAAAAGGAGGAGAGGAAGUUCCUCAAAAGGCUGCGAAGCGCAAAAAACUUUCGAGCCUCCAGGACAUCCAUUGACGAGUCUUCGCCAGCCACAGCAGCAAUUGAGGGUGAAAGUCAAGGUCCUGAAGCAUCAACUGGUCCUCCAGGUGCCGAUGCUACAACACCCGGGUCCAGCACCAAGAGUCCGGCAUCGACCGUCGCAGAUGCACCACGUGAAUUUGAUGUGGAGUCACUCUUCAGCAUGCCUAUGCAAUCACCUCGCUCAAGCAUGGCCCGUCCUAGGACGGCCCCCAACCCGGCUCGGCCCAAUCUCAAUGCAUCAGACGAAGACGGGAGACGGCCAAGCGCACCGGCCAUUGUCCAGACUCAGCCGGAAGGAAACGUCAAGAACGUCUUGGAGCACAUUCUUCCACCGGAAGAGCUUGCACGGCUGAUGCAGCCUUCGCCCUCACCACGAGAGUUGGACUCAAUUCCGCCGCGUCGUCCGGGUAAUACUAACUCGGUCACUAGCCGCCGGGGUUCGAAUGCCGGCUCGCUUCGUUCCACACUCAGUGCGGACAAGUCAUACUUCUUUGCGUCACCUUUGCCGAGCCCAGCUGAAAGGGAGUUCUCGCCAUGGGCCAUGCCUUACGACAACCCGCAUGAAUCGGGCCUACCGAGUUUACCACCACCUAGAAGGCGAGCUCGGAACCCUCCGGCUGGGGUCAACCUGUACCCGUUGAACACGAGUUCUCGACCGUCCUCGUCAUCUUCCGGUUCGCGGUUAUCCGUGCCGACUUCAUCUUCCGCUGUUUCACCGAUAAGUUCGACACCUACUAGUGCAAGUGCAGUCCGCCCAAACGUGUCUCCUCGGCUUAGCAACACUCGUAAUUUCUUCCCUCAACGCAGACCACCUGAUUACGCUAUUCCACCACUUCCUGACCCUGGAAUCAAGGCUGCCAUUGUCGCAGCGGCCGCUAAGGAAGGAGAAAAGCCGAAAAGUGACGAGGUGCAAACCCUGCAUGCUUCCGAAAAGAAAAAGAAAGUUGUGAAGAUCGGCGAAAAGAUAGUACGGAAGCCGAGCUUCCUCAACUUUGACGUGGAGGAUGGAGAGGAGGACGAAUUCAUAGAAGAUGUCGAUGAGACACGAAACCAGAAGAAAGCCACGAAGCAUGUCACGAAGCAAGUCACGAAGCCAUUCAUCCCUUCAAAGUUGAGUCCAGCAUCUGAUGUAGGCCGUCAGCAAAGUUUCCUUGACUUGGACGACAUGCGCCAGAGCUUCGAGAGCAACCAGUCCGAUAGCGAUGUAUCAUAAUUCGGCAACACCUUCCCAUUCUUGCCCUGGGUUGGAACACGACUUCUAUGUCUAUCACCAGGAACACCCGGAACCCAACUUGUUUAGCGGAGCGCCCCCGCACGUGUAUACAUUUUUUAAAUUUUCCUUUCCAUCUUUGUUCGUUCA